CAUCAGCAGCCGCCCUCGGUCUCGCCCUGGCCCGGCCGGGCCCGGCGGCGGCAGCAGCAGCAGCGCAGGAUGAGGCGGCGGCGGCGGCUGGUGCAGCUGGUGCUCUUCUGCCCGCUCUCCGGGGCCCUGCAGAGCCGUCUUCCUGGCAUCAAGGUGAAAUACCUUUUCCUUGCCUGGCUGGGCAUUUUUGUGAGCAGCUGGGUAGUCUACAUGCAUUACUCUUCAUACUCUGAACUCUGCCGAGGACACGUCUGCCAGAUGAUCAUUUGCGACCAGUACCAUAAAGGGAUAAUUUCCGGGUCCAUGUGCAAAGACCUUUGUGAGGACCACACUUUGGUGUUCCAGCACUGUCUGUCAUCUUCUCCAACACACCAGGUGUACAGCGGACUCUGGAAGGAGAAGGAGGUGAUCAUUAAGUGUGGUGUUUCGGAGGCCCUGAAGGUCGACAGCAGCCCGGACGCUGUGCCCAGGAGAGAUGUGGUUCUCUUCAACAAGCCCACAAGGGGGACGUCAAUGGACGAAUUCCGAGACAUGCUCUUAAAUUUCUUAAAAUCCAACCUGGGAGACCAGCCCUCUCUUGCACUCUUAGUGAACAAAAUAAUUAGUGUGGCUGAUGUCAGCCAGGACAGCAAAUUGUCUCUGGCAGAGGCCAAAUCCAUAUGGGCCCUGCUCCAGCGGAAUGAUUUUCUGCUCACCCUGUCUUUGCAUGAGAAAGAACACACCUCCAAACUGCUUGGGCACUGUGGGGAUCUAUACAUCACCGAGAAGAUCGCCCACACCUCCCUCUACAGCGUGGACAUCCCUCCAUUUCUGCAGGCACUGUUGCCUUCUGCCAUCCAGAGAGUUGUUCACCAGUGGUUCUCCCCAGCAUGGCCACGGCGAGCCAAAAUUGCCAUAGGCCUUUUGGAGUUUGUGGAAGAGAUAUUCCAUGGCACCUAUGGGAACUUCUACAUUUGUGAGACAGGCUUCAGGAACAUGGGCUACAACAACAAGUAUGACUUCAAGAUCAUUGACCUGAGGAAGGUGGCGACUGAGAUGACAAUCCGGCGGUUCCUCAAGGGGCGUCACUGUGAAAAGAACGUGGACUGUACCUAUGGGAAGGACUGCAUGGCGCCCUGCGACAGGCUCAUGAAGCUGUGCAAGAGCGGCGUGGUCCAGCCCAACCUGGCAAAAGUCUGUGCCCUCCUCCAGGAAUUCUUGCUCCAUGGAGCUCCCCCAGACUUAAGAGAAGAGCUGCAGAAGCAGCUGAAAACUUGCACAACCCUCAGUGGCCUGGCCAGCCAAAUGGAAGUCCACCACUCACUUGUGCUGAACAGUCUCAAGACUCUGCUGUGGAAAAAAAUCUCAAACACCAAAUUUUCGUAGAGAUGGGGGGGGGCACGGCACAAGGAGGGCAAAAGCUGCCGAAGGAACCAGGAUUUUUUCCAUUCUUCCUCCUGGUCAACAUGCUCAGUAUUGCUCUUCAGGCUGUGAGAAAACACUGCUGUAGAGCAGGGCCAAGGAGCUCGGGAGCACCAGGAGGAAGACUCUGGAGCCCCCAAGUGGAGGGGGUGGGACCAGCUGAAAGGCCACGAACAAGAGAGCUGCUGUAAUGCUUGUGGCUCAACUUGAACACUUCCCUUGUAAAUAAACAUCAUUUCUCUCCCUGGGGA